AUGGAGCAUAUUCUCCGUCUAUCAGAGAUUCUAUAUGUUGGUCUGUGUCGUAAGAUAGGGACACCAACAGAAGUGGAGAUCAGAAGGGACGUGAAGGACGUUGAGGAGAUGAUAAGGAAACCUGUUACUAUGCACAGAGGGAUGGUGCAGAUGGAUAGUGGUAGUUAUAGAGAGGGAUUUAGGUUUACAUCAUCUGACAAGGAUACAAUGAUGUGGGCUUUUAAAUAUAAACUUAUAACUGACAUAUCUCAGUCUAGCGUUUACAAUACAUCAAAACAUCACAUAAUACUUAUUGAAGAUUCCGAAACCCCACCAGGAUUUAUUAGACUACGGCAUAUGACGUACACACAAGAGAAUACCAUGUUAUCAUUAUGUCUUCUUCCCUUCAACUGCGGAAUAUAUUUAUCUAGUUCACUCUUUAUGGAAUCAGUUUUUAAUUUCUUUAUUAGAGAAAAACAUUUUCAACAGGUGAAUUGCAGAAUCAAUGGUCCUUGUAAUAGUGCGUGUGAAAGAACGAUUGAAUGUGAUAAUGCUUUUUGUUUUGCCACUAUUUAUUGGCCUAAACUUUUAAGAGUUUGGGUUGACAGAUGCCGGAGACAUACCUGGCCGCCUGUGCCUGUGUUGAAAAAUAUUCUACGAAAUGGAUAUCACUGUAUGCCUGUUGGAAGUAAAAUAAUAUCGACGUCUAGCGAAUUAGAAUGGAGAUUGUCGUUUUCUCAAGCCGAACAACAGCUUGUGUUUAUCAUGAAUCAUACACAAUUUCUAUGUUACGGUCUUUUAAAAAUAUUUCUUAAGGAAGUUAUCAAUUACAGGAAGGAACCAUUACUUUGUUCGUAUUACAUGAAAACCACAAUAUUCUGGAUAAUUCAACUUGGACAUUUAGGAUGGUACCCAAACAGUUUACUGGAUUGCUUCUGGAAAUGUUUUAAAUAUCUCAUUCAUUGCGUUUAUUUUGGAGUUUUCCCCAAUUUUUUUAUUUCACAGAACAACAUGUUCAUAAACAAAGUAGUCGGUGAAGCACGUGAUUCUCUUUUUCAACAGCUUUAUCAGUAUUACAGAAUGGGUGUAUCCUGUCUACUGCUGAGUCCGACUCUCAGAUCAAUCCUAGAACCUGCCCUCAUUAGCCCUUUUUUUGUACUAUCCUCUGCUGAGGGAGACUUUAUAUCUGUUAAAGACAUAGAUAAGUGUAGCCUGUCAGAAAUAUUUCGCCUUGUAUUUUAUAAUAUAGGGCUAUCAGAUUGUUAUCUCCACCUGAAAUCAGUUGAUACACUUUCUAGGUUAUCACUCUCACCAUACCAGAUAUUAACAUUACAGUAUUGUGAGGCUGAGACUCUCGUUCAUUUUGCAUUCACACUGGCUAACAGUGCUUCAUGUUAUACACAUAAAGAAGCCUACCUUUUGAAUAGAAUGAUUUGUAACUUGUUGCAACUGGCAGCAAAGCUAGGUUCUGUGUCUCACUUACUUUAUCUUGCAUUGUAUUUUUACAGAACAGGGAAAUAUGAUAAAACACUACAUAUCAUUUAUCUCACUAAACAAAGACUAUCACAGGUCUGUAUAAUGUAUUACGAUACUCCCGACAGGCACAGGUACAAUCAGGCUGUACGUAAUCUCCCUUUGUCUAGAAAGAUGAUGAAAUAUUGGGCUGACAACGUGCAUUUACUCAACUUUAUCCCAUGUAUUGAAGAGUUAAGCUUAGAACAAAAUGGAAUGUUAAUAUUACAUUUAUCACCGUUUCUUACAGUAGAGAUGUUGUCAGUGUUAUCUCACUAUAGACUAGGUAAUAGAUCUCAGUGUUCACAGUCACUGACAGAUCUACAGACACUGCUGCUCUAUGACGAUCGGACAUACGUUCCCUUACGUUUCAGAGACCUAUCCUGGCAGGUACUUGGUAUCUGUCAGCAUGUUGUGGGAGACUUACACGGAGCGUCCCAGUCUUAUGAAGAGUCGCUCAGACAGGAACCCAUCCACAAAAUACAAGAAGCUACAUAUACUAGAAUAAGAUGUGUUAAAAGACAAUUACACAGAAAUACACCGUCAUAG